CGAAAAACGGUACGAAACGGUACGCAAACUAAUGCCACGAAAAUAUGUAUGCGAUUGGAUUGGCUGCGGAAAGCCAUUCUCGCAGAGAGCAAACCUCGAGAUCCAUAUACGCAGUCAACACACCAAAGAAACGCCGUUCACUUGCGAAGACUGUGGCAAAGUAUUUACGAAUAAGUCGUGUCUGAAAAGUCAUACGGCUUUACAUUCGUCGGACAUGAAGUUUAUAUGCAAACAUGUCGGCUGCGGCUACAAAACUCGUACACCGCAAGCUCUAUACCGUCACCAACUAACUCAUCGACCGAAGCGGCCAACGAUUAUUGGCGAACAACGCCGAAAACGGAUCAACAAAUUGAAUUAUUCGUGCGAAGUGGUCGGCUGUACGAAACAAUUUCAACGACACGAACAACUGGUAGCACACAUACGCAACCGACAUACCAAUGAACGGCCGUUUCGGUGCGAUCUGUGCGACACCCGAUUCGUUAUUGAACGCUAUGUCGACAUACAUAAGCGUACGGUUCAUUCGGACGCACCGCUGAUGAAGUGUACGCUGGAUGGCUGUGCCUAUGAAACGCGUUUUCAAUCCAGACUCGACCAACAUCUMCGMAGACACGACGGCAAUCCGGAAUUUGUUUGUCCCAAUCACGGCUGCGGUAAACAGUUUUAUACAAAACGAUCGCUUAAUUUGCAUCUGCAGUCCCAUUCGGAUGAGCGUCCAUUUCCGUGCAAUUGGCCCGGUUGUGACAAACGAUUCAAAAAUAAUCAACAAUUAAAAGUACAUUUGGAACGACAUUCGGGUGUCCGAUCCUAUCGGUGUUCACUACCCGGCUGUGACAAGUCCUAUACAACACAUAAAGGUCUGGAACAACAUAGCCGAUCGCAUAGUAUACCCUAUCAGUGUACGUGGCCGGCGUGUGAGGCCAGGUUUCAAAAUUCAAGUAAACUCAAGGAUCAUAUGAACGGACAUCAGGGUAUCAAACCAUUCAAUUGUCAUUUUCAGGGAUGCGAUGUCAGCUAUAGUAGUAAAGAUUCGUUGAGAAUGCAUUGGAGACAAACACAUAAAUAUAUUAAAACUUACCAUGAUAAAACAUAG